UGUGCCCCGCGCCCAUGAUCUACCAGACGGCCGAGGAGUGCCGGCGAGGAGGGGGCGCCUGCCCGCGGCUCUGCCUGGACCAGGGCGCCGGUGUGGAGUGCGCCACCCGCUGCUACCCGGGUUGCUACUGCCCCGACGGCCUCUUCCUGCAGAACGACAGCUGCGUGCCGCGAAGCCAGUGCCUGUGCUAUCACCAGGGGGCGCUCUACCAGCCGGGCGACACCGUCCCCCACGACGCCUGUAACAACUGCACCUGCGUGGCCGGGGAGAUGGUGUGCAGCACGGAGCCCUGCCCAG